AUGUUCUCAAUGGCUUCCUUUUAUUUUUUCAUUUAUUUGGUUAUCUUCCUUAUCAUUGGGGUGACAUCCACCAUUUUUAUUAUUCCAUUAUUGGGGGCAUCAUUUAUAUUUGCAAUUGGGGUGGUCGUGCUGGGGUUCUUUAGCAAUUUGACCUUUAAAUUGGCCCAAAGAUUUUACUUUUCUGCUGAUGAAAAAUUGAAGACUACAUUAAAGAAAAUGUCUAAACAUACCUCUAAUCCACAGAAGGAGUUGAACAAGAAGAACCAAGAACAUCAAUCACGUGUUUGGAAACCAGCUUCAGAGUCACCAUCAGUCACAUUUAUUAAGAAUGUACCACCAUCAAGUUCAGAUUCUAGCGAAAACAAGAAAUUCCAGAGAAAACCACAACCAUAUGGUACCAGGGUAAAAUAUAACCAUAAUGUGAGCAACCAUUCACCGAUGUCAUCGAAAUCCAUGGAGCAGGGAAUAGAACCUGUUGAUGGUAAUUGUGUCAUCCAUAAUAACCAGAAUUCCAGUGCGGGUAAGCGAAUUUCAACAUGA